AUGCAUGCCACGCUCCCGACAGUCGGCGCGCCACUGACCAGGGUGCCCUCGACCGCCGUGCGCUUACUGCCCGACGUGCUCCAGCUCAUCGCCACGUACCUGCAGGAUAGCAAGACGAUGUACGCGUUUCUGUGGGCGCUGCCGCACACGUGGCUCACACCGCCCAUGGCCGCGCUCGCUGCGCUCUACGAGGCCGUCGGCAGCGGCCAGCUUGCCAAUAUAAACAUAGCGCGUCUUUGGCCCACGUUCGACAUGCGUAACCUGCCGUUCAUCCCUGACGAGUUCGCUCCAGUCUUCCAAGCCUACGUGCCGAUGCUGCCGCGGCUUGAUCUCAGCCGCAGGUUCCACCGUCAGCUUGACCUGCCGCAAGCGAUUCCAGUGCGACGAUGCAAAAUCACAACGGCUCAGAUGCUCGUGCAUGCUGUCAAGAAAUGGUUGCAGCAGCUGCAGUCCCUCGAAUUGACGCAUAGUCUCGACAAGCUGCCGAUCCAGCACCUCUGCGACUCGCUGCCGCGACUGUCCAAGCUUCGUCGCCUUAGCGUCAUGUGGCAUUCUGACGCACGUGCAGAGGAGUCUUUGGCUCUUCUCAAUGCUCUCUGCGACUCGAACGUUUCGGAUGUGUCACUGCGCUACGACGCCAACACCACCGCGGUGUGGAGUGUGCGAGAGGUCGCAGCGUUUGCGCGCUGGCUCGAAGGCAAACGUGUUUCCUCGGUCCGCCUCAUUUAUGUACCGCUUGACGAUGCGAAUGCACAGGUCCUCGCGCGUACGCUGGUCCAGUCACGCACACUACGGUCUCUCCACGUGGAUGGCGGGCCGUUGCCGCUCGCGUUCUACAACCUCGGGCUGUCGCUUCCAAACCAGCUCGAGUCGCUCAGGACAUAUGUGCUACACUCCAGCGGCGUGCCUGGCUUCACGCAGACCAUCGCUGGCUCCAACGUACGCACGUUGACGGUGGGAACUGUGAUCCCGAUGGCGAAGGACGUGGUGAUGGCAACGAACGUCAUGAACGUCAUGACGCGCCUCCCGCGGCUGCAAUGCCUUGUUGUUAUGUACACUGCGGUACCGCUACCGACGGUUGUGCGGUUGAGCGAACGCUUGCAAACACUCAAGUCUCUGCAAUUGCACAACACGAACCUCGACGACUUUGGCUUCGCCGUGCUCACCCGCGCCCUCCCGGAUUGCCGGCAGCUCGAAACGUUGCUGCUCAGCGGUCAAAAGGACGCGACGUGUCUCGCUGCAGAGUACGUUGCCGACAAGAUCCCACAGUGUCCGUCGCUCAAGACGCUCGACUUGAGCUGCUGCCCGAUUGGCUCGCGCGGUUUUGCGGCGUUGCUCCCCGUCUUGAAUUGUCUUGACAGAAUCUUUCUGAUCGGGUGCAACAUCGACGACGACGGUGCAGAUGCGCUGAGUGGUGUGAUGGGCACCACCGACCACCUCUACCAACUCGACUUGCGCGGCAACUAUGCGACGGACGCUCACCAGGCCAAGAAGCGCAAUACGACGGCCGGCGCCCAUCUGGCGUCCGACGUGCUCCAGCACAUCGCCAUGUACGUGCAAGACAACAAGACGAUGGGCGCAUUUCUCUCGGCGCUGCCGCGCCCGUGGUGCACCGAACCGAUGACCGCGCUCGCUACGCUUUUCGAAGCCAUUCGCAGCGGGCGCCUACACAACACGAGCAUGACGUGGCUUUGGCCCACGCUCGACAUGUCGAAUCUCACGUCCAUUCCCGACGAGCUUGCUCCGGUCUUCGAAGCUUACGUGCCGAUGCUGGCCCGGCUCGACGCCAACCUCGAAUUCCAUCGUCAGUUUGGCCUUCCGCAAGACAUUCCAGUUGCACGAAAACGUCUCGCGCCGUCCAGGGGCUUUACAAAAUGGACCACGGCCGAGGUCACAGCAUUUGAACGGUGGCUCCAAGUCAAGUCUGUCACCUCGGUUGGUCUCGUGGACGUGCCCAUUGACGACGCCAACGCACAGACCGUCGUACGCGCGCUGCUGCAGUCACACACACUCAAGCACUUGCAUGUGGAUGUCGGAAAAUUGCCGCGUGCUCUCUUCAACCUUGGGUUACCGCUUCCAAGCCAGUUCGAAAAACUAUACGCGUUCGCGCGGAGCAUUGACAAUGUGCGUGGCUUCAUCCAGACCAUCGCUGGCCCCAACCUGCGCACGUUGAUUGUCGGUACUCAGACCUCGCUGCAAAAGGACGAGGUGCUGGCAACGGACUUCAUGGACGCCGUCACGAGUCUUCCUCGGCUCCGGCAUCUCUCUCUUGUCCACGUAGCGCUGCCACUGCCAACGGCCGUACAACUGAGUAAGCGACUGCCGGGGCUCACGACUCUGGAGCUUUUCAACACGAACCUCGAUGACGUUGGUAUGGCUGUGCUCGCCCGCGUCCUUCCGAACUGCUGUCAUCUCGAGACAUUGAAGCUCAGUGAUCAAGUGUGUUCGCACAUUGCUGCCGAGCUUUUGGCGAAAAAUAUUGCGCUCUGUCCGUCGCUCAAGACGCUCAACUUGGCGGGCAGCCCGAUUGGCUCGCGCGGACUUAUUGCGUUGCUACCUGUCUUGCGUCGCCUCGACAGUGUCGUUCUGGAUCGUUGCGGCAUCGAUGACGACGGUGCGGCUGCGCUUUGUCGUGCGAUGGACGCUACCGACGACCUCUACCAACUCGACUUGAGCUGCAACUUGUUCUCGCAAGAAACUGUGAAGCGCAUCAUCCGGGCGGCGCGUACGCUGCAGCAGUCACACACGCCCAAGCACUUGUACGUCGAUGGCGGACUAUUGCCCCACACUCGCUUCAACCUCGGGUUGUCGCUUCCAAACCAGCUCGAGACGCUCUAUACAUUUGUGCGGCACAUCGACGAUGUGCUUGGCUUCAUAUAA